GGCAGCCGCUGCCCGUCACGCGCCUCCUCCUUCCCCCUGCCGCCUCCGGAGCUGCGGGAGGCGCCGGGAGCGCGCACGGCCGGGGGCGCGCAGCCGGGGGGGGCGGGUCUCCGGGUGCCGCGAUGGCGGCGGCGGCGGCCUCGCAGCGGGACCCGGGCGACUGGCAGGACUUCUCCGGCUUCCAGCCCCCGCAGGCUGGCGGCGCUCCCGAGGCCGCCCGCGACAAAGGCGGCUGGGCAGGGGGGGAUCUGGGGGCGAGGCUGUCCCUCUGCUUCCAGCCCCCGCAGGCCCGGGCUGGCAGCGGAGGCGAGAGCCGCGUUCCGCUGCGGCCCCUCACGGAGCAGAGCGCCCUGCAGGACGACGAGAUCUGGAAUGCCUUGACCGAUAAUUAUGGUAACGUAAUGCCAGUUGACUGGAAAUCUUCCCACACCAGAGCUUUGCACUUGCCAACGCUGAAUCUUUCAGAAAAAGGGGUAAAUGAUAACUUAAACCUUGACCUGUCAGAUGAUGAAGAGCUGAGGGAACAGUUGGAUAUGCAUUCUAUCAUUGUUUCCUGCAUCAAUGAUGAACCACUAUUCACAGCAGAACAGGUGAUUGAAGAAAUAGAGGAAAUGAUGCAGGAAUCGCCUGAUCCAGAAGAUGAUGAAACGCCCACUCAAUCCGAUCGUCUCUCCUUACUUUCCCAGGAAAUUCAGACACUCAAGAGAUCCAGUACAAACAACAGCUAUGAAGAGAGGGUAAAAAGAUUGUCUGUUGCUGAGUUAAAUGAACUGCUAGAAGAAAUUGAGACUGCUAUUAAGGAUUAUUCUGAAGAACUGGUACAGCAGUUGGCACUACGAGAUGAGCUCGAGUUUGAGAAAGAAGUGAAAAACAGCUUCAUUUCUGUCCUUAUUGAAGUACAAAAUAAACAGAGAGAGCACAAAGAGACAGCAAAGAAGAAAAAGAAGCUGAAAAAUGGUAGCCCUCAGAAUGGGAAACAAGAAAGAGGUCACAUGCCUGGAACACGCUUCAGCAUGGAAGGGAUCUCAAAUGUCAUACAGAAUGGCUUCCGCCACACGUUUGGAAACUCGGGUGGAGAGAAACAGUAUUUAACGACCGUCAUUCCAUAUGAGAAGAAGAAUGGACCCCCAUCUGUUGAGGAUCUUCAAACGUUAACCAAAAUCCUUCAUGCCAUGAAAGAGGAUAGCGAGAAAGUGCCAGGCUUGUUAACAGACUAUAUUUUAAAGGUUCUGUGUCCUACAUGAAGAGGGCUGCCUUUCAGAAUUAAUUGUGCUCCUUCCUGUGAUGAGAAGCUUUCCAUGGAUAUAACUCAGUUUUUGUUUUAUUUUUUUAUUUUUCCAUUUAGUACUAUACCUAAACCAGUAGGCAUUUACCUCCUCCGUGUGUGUGUGGAUUUUCUGAUCCUGCAAUACAUCCUCUGGGCAUGACAACUCAUCCAUUUUAACUUAAUAGUGCAAUGAACUGGAGCAGGGAACAAGCACUGUACAGUUUUACUCACAUUGUUCUGGCUUUUUAAAGUCUAUUUUUACAUUGUAUAGCAUGUAGUAAAUCCUCCUGCACAUUUUGUUGUUGGAAGGAAAAGAAAACUUUGAAUAAUGUAAAUAAAAUAUAAGACUAGUUUUAAGGAAUUCAUAUUUAAAAACAUCCUUAGUUCUUAUAGCAAAAAUGAUCGCAGUCCAAACCUGAGAAAAAGAUUCAGAUGAGUUCUUCAGGAAGCACUCCAGAACAGUGUUGGUGGAAGUUCAUUUUUGACAUUUCUUUUUAAACAGUAACUUAGUUUGAAGUAUGCACCAUUAUUGCUCACAUACUGAAUUUAUGAACCGUAUUCUCUAAUGAUUUGGCAUAGUAAUUGUAUCAAGUAUCAUUGUUACCUAACAAACAUCAGAGUAAUGUGUCAUAUUUAAUUGUUUUUUAUUUUAUUAAUGUUCAUGUGGCUCAGAUAUUCUCCCAUAUUGCUGCUAUUAUUUUACUGUUUUUAAUAGGUGUUUGAUCUUAAUGAAUAUGCUUCAAUAUAUAAACAUUUUGAAAGGCUGUAUCUUUUUAAAAAUACAUGUACAGUUUGGGGGGAAAAAAAAAAAAAUUGCACCUGGAUUCCAAGUUAAUAUUAUCUUGAGACUUUGGUCAUUGUGUAUCUUCAAGCUUUACUACAAAUCUCUCAUGUAUGCACUAUCUCCUCUAUGAUGAUGUAUCUGCGUUCAAACAGAUGAGAAUGUAUUUUGCAAAUCCUGUAAAAGAAACAUACCCUAUAAUCUCAAUAUUAAAUAUUUGUCACAAAUCAUUUUGCCAGUCUUAAAGAUUAGAUUGAAAUAUAAGGACUACUACUGAAAACAAAUGAGCUAUUUUCUAGUCUGAAUUCCUAUUAAUUCUAUACCAGAUUUUAGUACUAUAUAUAUGAAAACACUGGCAGGUAAGAUUAUAAAGAGAUAAAUGUCUCUUCUUCAGACAGCUGUUUAAAAUCAUCAGUUUUCUGUCCUUAGGCUGAUUCAUUUUGGUCAGUAAAGCAGUCAGUUUGAAAACAGCUUCAUAAUGCUUUGCUAAUUUUUCUAAAGAGCUUGGCAUUUUUCUUGUCUCCCUCUUUCUGUUGCCAAAAUUAUCAGAGCUUAAAAUUUUCAUCCUCCCUCCCCCUCCUCUCCCCUCUCCUGAUGGCCAUCUUGCCAGCCUGGUCAGCAAUAAUGGGUCUUCUGUGUAAGUGUGUCAUACAUGAGAAACAUUUUAUCCUUGCUUCAUUCUGUUUCAUUAGUGGUUUCUGUAGCAAGAAAGAAGCCAUUUUUUUUUCUGUAGUUCAUGUGUUAGAAGCUCAUUAUGGCAUGUUUUUAUAUAGAAAUGCCUGCUUUUUACUAUCAAUACCUGAAAAUUGACUAAGGGAGACGACCCUGUUUUUUUUCAUCUUUUUUUUAAAAUGACGUAUUUUAACACAUUUUGUCUCAAAAUGAGAUAUCAUCAAAGAUUUUUUUAAAUCUGCUUCUGAGGCCUGAAGUGUCUUUUAAAUGGAAGGAGGGGAAAAAAAUAAUUGCAAGAAGUAUGGACAAAUUCUGUGGUGUUAGUUGUAGUGAGCCGCAUUUUGUGAUUUAGUCACUAAAUACUAAACGUAGUAAAACUUGUAAGAAAACCAAAUGCUAAAAAAUAGCAUUAGCUUCAGUGUGCCAAACAUCUGCUUGGGUAUAUUAUGCCCUUCAUCAGACUUAUAAAAAGUACCUGUUCAGAUUCUGAAAACAGACCUAUUUACCUUGUAUGUAAAAUCCUGGCAUUAAACAACAGUUGCCAAAGCCAUGUUUUAUAUGGCAAGUAUUUUACAUAUACAUAUCUGUAUAUAUAAAAGUAAAUCUUAACACACACGAGUAAAAAGAACCAAGCAAACCUGCUUUUCUGCUGAGCGCUAUGUACUUCAGUUUCUCUGUAAUGCAUCCUUUUUCGAGAUCCUGUAUUGAAUCUUGCAUUCUUUCAGCGAGCUGGACGACUUCAUUCCUUUCAGUUUGUGUGAUAGCUGUAAGAUGGCCACCCAAGAGUAUUUGCUGGCAAAUAUCUGAGAUUUGGAAAAAAUGCAUUUUUACCAAAGUCUCUUCAGUUUUUAACAUGAAGAGUCCUGGAAGCAAUGCUUUCUUAACAUCAGUGAAUUAUAAGUUACUUAAAGAUAGGUGUUUGAUUUAAUAGCCUUUUUUAAAUCCAACCUUUCUUGUUUCUUAUUUUUAGCAAUACAGUUAUUUCAUUUGAUGAGAUUAGUCACUUACUGACAUAAUGAAAUUUUGAGUGAAGGGCUACCAGGGAAGCACGUCCAAGGUAGUGAAGAAUCCUUAAGUAUGUUUUCUUCACUAAGGAAAGAAGCUUGACAACAGUAUUGGUUCCUUUAUGGUGAAAGAUAAUGACCAAGCUGGUAUAGUAAACUGCUGGUAAAGAAUAUCUGCUGUUGACCAUGCCAGGUAAUUGUAUCCUUAAGUUUGGAUUGGUGGCUUUAUAGCAGUAGCACACAUCUUUCUUGCUUUCAGACCAGAUUACCUUGGAUAUUCUUUCUGCAUGCAUGUUGCUUGGAAGCUACAGCUAGCACAGAAAAUGGUACUAUGCACCGCUUGCCAACAGUGUUGGUAAGUAUGUUGAUACUUCUGCACAGCCUCCUCAUUUCCAAAGGGACGUUUUAAGAUGUGGAGUUUAAUUCCUGAAAUUCGUAAUGGUACAGAGUCUGUGUGCUAUGCAGCCUACUUCUCCAGCUGUGGCAAUAAUGGGCAGUGGAGGUCAGCAGCUUCACUUAAAUCAGCAUCUCUACCCAGUUCAAUCAGGAAGGGCCUGGAAGCAAAGCUUUCUAGUGAAGUACUCUCAACUCUGAUGCACCACAGCCUCAACUUAUUGACUUGUCCCGUCAUUCUAUGAAGUGUGACCUUCGUUUUGGGUGUUGGGGCUGUUUUGUAAUAAUAACAAUCUCUGUUGGCCUGGUACUAUUUUCUCAUUUUGAUAGCAAUAUUAAUCCUUAAUAUUUCCACAUUUGACUCCAAGUUAUCCCUUGAUAUGAAGUCACCGCAAAAUAUGAAGAAACCAAAAACUCAUCAAGUAGAAAAUGAAAUCUCAGUACAACAUGGAUAACGUGGACCUGGAGUCAUGUCAGAUGAAUUUUGCUUCCUGCAUCUCUUGGGGACACAGUGUUGUUUAAGCCUAAAGUGAAGCUCUGAUUGUUAUAAAGGAAAUCUACCUGUUGUAAUACUAAGAUAAUGCAAUUCAUUUUCAAGGUGUCUACAAUUUUUCAGGUAGCAGUGACUUUUAGGAAGGUUACACAGGGUAUGUCUAAUGUCUGAGAAGCAUUAGAUACCUUCCUUGCGGAGAGUUUCUUAUCACUGAAGAAUUAAAAGGAAUGCUUUGUGUUUUUUUUUUUUGUUUGUUACAUUUUUGUUUUGUUUGGGGGAGGUGGGGUUGGGGUUGGGGGAUUGUUUUUAUUUAAGUGCUUUGUCCUUGAUGGUGACAUGAAGUAUAUUGUUCCUUUGCUCACAUUCCUUUAACCAAGGUCUAAUUCAGGACUUCUUUUUGGUUUUAUGUAUUGAUCGGUGACGAUUCUAUCAGCUGAUCAGCAUGCAGUCCUAACAAUAAUUGGUGAAGAAGCUUUAUGAAUUGGGAGAAUUAGCUACUGAAUUUAGUGAAUUUUUGUCUGUUUUGUUUUUCUUACCUUUAUACUCUUCAGAUGUUGAAUAGAAUCCUGUCAUUGCACUAACUGCUACUUCAAACAGAGCUCAUAGUUAUUUUGUUGUUCAUUUUAAACUAGUCUUUGGGUUUUAUGUUAACAUUAUGGAAUAAAACAUGAAUUCUAA